AUGUCGUCAACAAGCAAGGUCGACCUGAACGCCAUUACCGAGCAGCUACUUAGCAUUAUCAAGACCUGUGCAGAAUCCAACAACAUCAAGGAGACGCUUCAGACCUUGCCCGAGCAAGAGGGUGUCAAGGACAUCAGCGAUGGCGAGCAUAUCAAAGGCUUGCGUACCCAGAUCUUGGCCAACGCGGAGAUCCUUCUGCCGAUCCUCGUCCCCGAGAGUGUCGGCGAGUCUCUCAUCGAUGGUCGCAUUGUGCGCACUUUGCCACCGAUCCAGGUCAUCACCGCCAACGCUGAAAACAGAUUCGGCCUGAUCGAGAUUCACGCCUCCGUGACCUUCGGCGACUUGGCCGUCGGCCGUAAGUCUGCCUUGAUGUUCAUCUCUGAUGGCUUUCCGACCGUCACCGAGGCGUUCCGAGAGCUGCUUGCUGUCUCAGGCCGUCUAAUCACUAAGCACUACACCAGCGACAGCACUUAUGCUCUUGGAGCCCCUGAGAAGAUCGAAGGUGGUGGCUAUUUCACAACCAAUAAGCUUGGCCAAGACGUGAAUGAGGAGUCUUCUUAUCACGACAAGCAGCCCACUGGGCCGACGAAGACUGGCUACAAGCGCAACCUGACGGGCGCUCGCAAAGCACAUCUCCUCAGUGUCGAGCCUAACGCAAGUUUCAGCUUCCCCAGCGACGAUGGAAGCUCAGCCUCUCCCGCUUCAACAACCGAAGACGACAGCCCCAUCCUCAACACCUUCCCAGUGGGCAGCCACAGUCCAGACAGCAGCACUUUCCCAAUCAGUGACGACCGCUUCUUCCACACCCACGUCCGCACCAAUAGCGUUUCCAGCAUCACAGCUAACGCCGGUGCCUGCUACCCCAAAGAUGUAAAUAGCACCUACAAGAAGAUGCGCUACUUCGAGAACUUAAACGGCCCAUGCAACAACAUCAAUACGGACUGCCGGUAUGAGAACAUGAACUCCCGCAAGCCAUCCAAGCCCGAGUGCCGCCCCGACUACAUCGACGACUUCUUGAGCCCCAAGACCGAGGAGUAUACCAUCGUCCACUCGCCAGCCCCGCGCGAGUACACCGACGAAUUCCAUGCGCAAUACGAGCGUGAUGGACGCCACGAUGAUAGCUACAGUGGACGCCACUCCGCUCUCGACUGGUGA